AUGGAUCUCUUCAGCGGAGUUGCUUCAGUAGUUACGGUUUGCGGUCAACUGGAAACAUGCGUCAAUGGCCUUCGUCGAUUAUACAUUACCCUGAAGUUCGCGAAACGGGACGUACGACAGCUGCUGGAUGAGGUUUAUAUUUGCCAAAGUCUUUUUGGUAUCUUCAAUGAUGUCACACGCCCUCUGGGCAGCGAGGUGAUGAAACUAGCCCACAAAGAAAAACUUGAUGAAGCAUUGCAGACCCAGUCCACUUCGGCUCUUGAGCAAAUCAAUCACAUUAUGACCAAGUUCAAGCCGCUAGUAGAGGAAAGCAGGACCAGCUCAUUUGAAGAACUCUUAGCAAAGGUUCGGUGGCAUUUUACGAAGCAGGAGAUCCAAGCUUUGAUGAUCACACUUAAUACUGUGAAGUACAGUCUUAGCUUGCUUUCUUCUCUUUUGGCAAUGGAAAGCUCUAUCGCGAGUUUCUUACAACAGUCAACAGCGAAUGAUAACCAGGACUCACUUGUUAGUCAGAUGUGA